AUGAAGGUCUCAAUCGUUCGAGACCAGUCCUCGAGCUCAUCGACUUGGGUGUAUAGACUUGGCGAUCGACAAAGUCUCUCUGCCUGGAAUUUGCCAAUUCCCUCAGUGGCAAAGAGCACAGUACCCGAGCUGAUUCACGAGAUGGCUCUGAAGCAACCUCAAGCGGCUGCGAUUUGUAGCUGGGGAGGCAAUCUCACUUAUGACCAGCUUAACCGCCUCUCGCAUGCUCUUAUGACUCGACUCAAGAAACAUGGCGUCGCGCCGGGCGUUUUCGUUCCUCUCUGUCUAGAGAAGUCAAUGUGGAUGGGACUUGCGAUGAUAGCAGUCAUGAAGGCUGGCGGAGCGUUUGCCUUACUCGAUCCAUCGUAUCCGCUAAGCAGGCUUCGCCAGAUGUGUGAGGCUGUCAAAUCAUCAUUAGUGGUCAGCACGAAUCAGACCCAUAGCCUCGCGUCACAACUCGGCCUUGGGGUUCUAGUGAUCGAUGAGGAAGAUCCUCAUUUGCUUCUUCAGCGGGUGCGGACCUGUGAUGUUACCGGUCCUAUAGCGAGAUGCUCUGCCCAAAACCCCAUGUACGCUACGUUCACCUCUGGCUCUACAGGGGCCCCAAAAGGCGUGGUGGUAGAGCAAGGAGGGUACACGACGAGUGCUACAGCCCAUGCGGAACAAUACAAUUUUACAUCCCAUUCCCGUGUUCUGCAAUUCGCCUCUCCGGGAUUCGAUUCAUGUAUCAUUGAGCAUAUUAGUACGCUUAUUAAGGGUGGAUGCGUCUGCGUUCCAGAUGUUGAUGAGUGCCGCAGCCGCCUCGCGCAGACUAUCAAUAAGUAUUCUGUGAACAACGUUUGCCUCACACCGUCUGUAGCACGGAUCCUCUCACCGGCAGACCUUCCUAUACUUCAGGACCUUGCUUUUGUCGGGGAGGCUGUCCUCAAUGGCGACAUUGCACGGUGGAAGCCAUUUGUUCAUGUGCGAAACGCAUAUGGUCCAGCAGAAUGCUCGGCUGUGUUUAGUGUUCAGCCAACCCUGACCGAGCAUGAUCCGAAAAAUAUUGGCUUGCCUACGGGCGGCGUCGGUUGGGUCGUGCACCCUGAGGACCCUCAGAUCUUGAUGCCAGUGGGUAGUACAGGCGAGCUGUUAAUCGAAGGCCCAAUUGUUGGACCCGGAUAUCUUUCCAACCCUGUGCUGACAGCCCAGAGCUUUAUUCAUCCCCCGAAGUGGAGGGGGCAGUUUGGUGAAGUCCAUGGCCGCAUGUAUAAGACCGGUGACUUGGUACAAAACACAAAUACUGGAAGCUUUCGCUGUUUAGGGCGCAAAGACACCCAAGUUAAGCUCCACGGGCAGCGCAUUGAGUUAGGUGAAAUAGAGCACCUUUUGCAAUCCAUUGCUUUUACCGAUGCUCCACAGGUUGUUGUAGACAUAGUACAGCACGAUAAUGUCCACCCUCCAGUAAACACACUUACUGCAUUUAUCUGUUGGCCAGCCACGUCAGAUGGUACUUAUGAUCAAGAGCCGGAUGGUGGUGCUUUCCUGGCUCCUAACGACAUCUUCCGCCACUCAUGUACAGUUGCCGAGUCCCGAUUAUCGAGUUUGCUGCCAUCCUUCAUGAUCCCCAACCUCUUUCUUCCCGUUCGCCGCAUGCCAUUAACACCCAGUGGAAAGUUGGACCGUCGUCAGCUACGAACACACGCUGGUACACUCUCUGCUGAAACCGUGAAAUCUUACCGAGUGGCGCCGUGCUCGCCACAGCCUCCUUCCACCCCCGAGGAAGUCCUCCUGCAAAGCAUAUGGGCGCAGGUCCUGAACAAGAACGCCAACGAGGUUGGUAUAACUGAGAGCUUCUUCAACCUUGGUGGAGAUUCCGUCAGCGCCAUGCAAGUUGGGGCCAACUGCCAAGCUGCUGGCUAUCGAGUCAGUGUGGCCGACAUAUUUCAAUUUCCCACCAUAGCUCAAUUGGCACACAAUAUGAAACCGGUCAGUAGCUAUCAUCCUUGUGUCACCAAAGAAUAUCCAGAAGAUACCUGGUUUCGGCUCUCCCCCAUCCAGCAAUUGUUCUUUGAGUUAUGCCCAAAUGGGCAUAAUCGGUUUACCCAACAAUUCCUACUCCGCCUUUCGAGGCGUCAGGACAACGCUCGUAUCUGGAAGGCAAUGGAGGCAAUUGUACGUCGACAUUCUAUGUUGCGGGCUCAGUUCCACCGCCCACCUACUGGACCUUGGGUGCAAAGGAUACGUAAAUAUGGUCCAGACUGUUUUGUCAUUCGAGAACAUACCUUACAGCGCCUUGACACUAGAAUCCAUGAGAUAUUAGUGGACAGUCAAGGCUUGCUAGACAUCAGGACUGGAAUAUUACUUGUUGUUGAUAUCAUAACAACUGCAACAGGCGACCAGUACAUAUCGCUGAUGGCACAUCAUCUUGUGAUAGACCUUGUGUCUUGGCGCGUCCUCCUACAAGAUCUGGAAGACUUCUUAGCCACAGGUACCUUAGCAGGUCUGGCCCCUCUGUCCUUUCAGCAAUGGUGCCAUCUACAGGAAGAGUAUGUUGCCGAAUUUCUUGAGCCGCGAAAAGCAUUGCCGGGUGAGGUCCCUCCAGCACCACUGUCUUAUUGGGGUGGACAGACGUUGGUAGACAGGAAUAUUUGGGCAGAGGCAAAGCAGUAUUCCGUCGCUGUCUCAGAACAGGUGACACAGGCAAUUUUGGGUCAUGCUAACAAUGCCUUUCGCACUCGCCCAGUCGAGUUGAUUCACGCUGCCCUGUUGUACUCAUUUCUCCAAGUAUUCCAUGAUCGACAACCUCCCACUAUAUUUACAGAAGGCCAUGGUCGUGAGCCGUGGGAUUUACACAUCGACCUAUCCCGCACAGUCGGUUGGUUCACGACUUUGGCUCCUGUAUGGGCCCCGGUGAGCAAGGAGGAAGACAUGUCCACAUUUGUGCUGCGAGCCAAAGAGGCACGUCGUGCAAUUCCAGCGAAUGGAUGGACAUAUUUUUCCUCGCGCUUUCUGCACCCCCAAGGCCGCCACUACCAUCAGGGACAGUCGCCAAUGGAGAUCCUGUUUAAUUACACAGGAUUGUUCCAGCAACUGGAGCGUCGAGAUGCACUUCUGGAGCUUGCUGCAAUCCCUGACCAUGGGAUCAUUGAGAUGCCAGAGGAUAUGCCUCGUUUUGCCCUCAUCGAUGUCUCUGCAGUGGUAAUGAAUGGCCAACUCAACAUUUCAUUCAUGUAUAAUCGACACAUGCGUCACCAAGCCAGGCUUGAGAAAUGGUUCCACGAAUGUGAGAGGGCAUUCGAGGACCUACCAAAAGCGCUCCGAGGGCAUCGACAACUUGCUCCUUCCGACUUUCCACUCUUGUCGCUAGGCAACCAUGGCGAAUUCGAGAAAUUGAUUACCAACUCAUUCUCACUUGUACAAGGCUCGCACCCCUAG